GCGGCGCACAGUGCAGGCUCGGGGCACCCGCGAGGAGGCUGCCGCUCGGGCUCGCUGCCCGGUCGCCCCGCACCCGGCCCCCGCCGCCGCGCCGCACGCCAUGGACCUGCCCAGGGGCCUCCUGGUGGCCUGGGCGCUCAGCCUGUGGCCAGGGUUCACAGACACCUUCAACAUAGACACCAGAAAACCUCGAAUCAUUGCCGGCUCCAGGGCUGCCUUCUUCGGCUACACAGUGCAGCAGCAUGACAUCGACGGCAAGAAGUGGCUGGUUGUAGGUGCUCCGUUGGAAACCAAUGGCCACCAGAAGACAGGAGACGUGUACAAGUGCCCAGUGACCCAUGGGAACUGCUCCAAGCUCAACCUGGGAAGGGUCACUCUAUCCAACGUGUCUGAGCGGAAGGACAACAUGCGCCUCGGCCUGAGCCUGGCCACCAACCCCAAGGACAACAGCUUCCUGGCCUGCAGCCCCCUCUGGUCUCACGAGUGUGGGAGUUCCUACUACACCACAGGAAUGUGUUCGAGAGUCAACUCCAACUUCAGGUUCUCCAAGACGGUGGCCCCAGCUCUCCAAAGGUGCCAGACCUACAUGGACAUCGUCAUUGUCCUCGACGGUUCCAACAGCAUCUACCCCUGGGUGGAGGUUCAGCAUUUCCUCAUCAACAUCCUGAAGAAAUUCUACAUUGGCCCUGGGCAGAUCCAGGUUGGAGUUGUCCAAUACGGAGAAGACGUGGUGCAUGAAUUUCACCUCAAUGACUACAGGUCUGUACGAGAUGUGGUAGAAGCUGCCAGCCACAUUGAACAGAGAGGAGGAACGGAGACCCGGACGGCAUUUGGCAUCGAAUUUGCUCGCUCAGAGGCUUUCCAGAAAGGUGGAAGGAAAGGGGCCAAGAAGGUCAUGAUCGUCAUCACAGAUGGGGAGUCCCACGACAGCCCAGACCUGGAGAAGGUGAUCCAGCAAAGCGAGCGAGACAACGUGACCAGAUACGCUGUGGCCGUCCUAGGCUACUACAACCGCAGGGGGAUCAAUCCAGAAGCUUUUCUAAAUGAGAUCAAAUAUAUCGCCAGUGACCCCGAUGACAAGCACUUCUUCAACGUGACCGAUGAGGCAGCCCUGAAGGACAUUGUUGAUGCCCUGGGGGACAGGAUCUUCAGCUUGGAAGGCACCAACAAGAAUGAAACAUCCUUCGGGCUGGAGAUGUCGCAGACCGGCUUUUCGUCUCAUGUGGUGGAGGACGGGAUUCUGCUGGGAGCCGUUGGCGCCUAUGACUGGAACGGAGCCGUGCUGAAGGAGACCAGUGGCGGGAAGGUCAUUCCUCUCCGAGAGUCCUACCUGAAGGAGUUCCCCGAGGAACUCAAGAACCAUGGCGCAUACCUAGGGUACACAGUCACAUCGGUCGUGUCCUCCAGGCAGGGGUGGGUGUACGUGGCUGGAGCACCCCGGUUCAACCACACGGGCAAAGCCAUCCUUUUCACUAUGCACAACAACAGAAGUCUCACCAUCCACCAGGCACUGCGGGGCGAGCAGAUAGGCUCUUACUACGGGAGUGAGAUCACCUCGGUGGACAUCGACGGCGAUGGGCUGACCGAUGUCCUGCUGGUGGGCGCCCCCAUGUACUUCAGUGAAGGCCGAGAGCAAGGCCGAGUGUACGUCUACAACCUGAGACAGAACCGGUUUGUGUAUAACGGGACGCUGAAGGAUUCCUCCAACUACCAGAAUGCCCGAUUCGGCUCCUCCAUCGCCUCCGUUCGGGACCUCAAUCAGGACUCCUACAACGACGUGGUGGUGGGAGCCCCUCUAGAGGACAACCACAGAGGAGCCAUCUACAUCUUCCUUGGCUUCCAAGCCAGCCUCCUGAAGACCCCGAAGCAGAGAAUCGCUGCCUCUGACCUGGCUCUGGGCCUCCAGUAUUUUGGCUGCAGCAUCCACGGGCAGCUGGACCUCAACGACGAUGGGCUCAUCGACCUGGCGGUGGGCUCCCUGGGCAACGCUGUCAUUUUGUGGUCCCGCCCGGUGGUUCAGAUCAAUGCCAGUCUCCACUUCGAGCCGUCCAAGAUCAACAUCUUCCACAGGGACUGCAAACGCAGCGGCAGGGACGCCACCUGCCUGGCCGCCUUCCUCUGCUUCACGCCUGUCUUCCUGGCACCCCAUUUUGAAACAGAUGCAGUCGGCGUCCGGUACAAUGCUACCAUGGAUGAGAGACGAUACGCCCCACGGGCCCACCUUGACGAGGGCGGGGACCGGUACACCAACAGAGCUGUCCUGCUCUACUCGGGCCAGGAACACUGUGAGCGGAUCAACUUCCAUGUCCUGGACACCGCUGACUACGUGAAGCCAGUGACCUUCUGGGUAGAGUACUCCCUGGAGGAUCCCGACCACGGCCCCGUGCUGGACGACGGCUGGCCCUCCACCCUCCGAGUCUCGGUGCCCUUCUGGAACGGCUGCAAUGAGGACGAGCACUGUGUCCCUGACCUCCUGCUGGAUGCCCGCAGUGACCUGCCCACGGCCAUGGAGUACUGCCAGAGGGUCCUGGGCAAGACCACGCAGGACUGCUCCGCCUACACGCUGUCCUUCGACACUACGGUCUUCAUCAUCGAGAGCACACGCCGGCGGGUUGCUGUGGAGGCCGUGCUGGAGAACAGAGGCGAGAAUGCCUACAGCACGGUCCUAAAUAUUUCGCAGUCAACAAACCUGCAGUUUGCCAGCUUGAUCCAGAAGGACGACUCAGAUGGCAGCAUCGAGUGCGUGAACGAGGAGAGGAGACUCCACAAGAAAGUCUGCAAUGUCAGCUACCCCUUCUUCAGGGCCAAGGCCAAGGUGGCUUUCCGGCUGGAUUUUGAGUUCAGCAAAUCCAUCUUCUUGCACCACCUGGAGAUCCGGCUCACCGCUGGCAGUGACAGCGACGAGGAGGAGAGCACCAGGGAAGACAACACGGCCCUCCUGCGCUUCCACCUCAAAUACGAGGCUGAUGUCCUCUUCACCAGGGACAGCAGCCUGAGCCACUAUGAGGUCAAGUCCAAUAGCUCACUGGAGAGGUACGAUGGCCUUGGGCCUCCCUUCAGCUGUGUCUUCAAGAUCCAAAACUUGGGCUUAUUCCCCAUCCACGGAGUAAUGAUGAAGAUCACCAUCCCCAUCGCCACCAGAGGGGGCAACCGCCUGCUGAUGCUGAAGGACUUCCAUACUGACCAGGUGAACACGUCCUGUAACAUCUGGGGAAACAACACCGAGUACCGACAUGCCCCGACAGAGGAAGACCUGACCCGAGCCCCACAGCUGAAUCACAGCAACUCUGACGUAGUUUCCAUCAACUGCAACGUGAGGCUGGCCCCCAACCAGGAGAUCAAUUUCCAUCUGCUGGGAAACCUGUGGUUGAGGUCCCUAAAAGCACUCAAGUACAAGCUGAUGAAGAUCACAGUCAAUGCAGCCUUGCAGAGGCAGUUCCACAGCCCUUUCAUCUUCCGAGAGGAGGAUCCCAGCCGCCAGAUCACAUUUGAGAUCUCCAAGCAAGAAGAUUCGCAGAUCCCCAUCUGGAUCAUUGUGGGCAGCACCCUGGGGGGCCUCCUGCUGCUGGCCCUGCUGGUCCUGGCACUAUGGAAGCUCGGCUUCUUUAAAAGUGCCAAGCGCAGGAGGGAGCCUGGCCUGGACCCCAACCCCAAAGCGCUGGAGUGAGUCUCAGAGGAGGCUGCGAGUCGAUGGGGGCCAGGAUGCCAGUCCAGGCAGUGUGCAGGCCCAGGCCCAGGGCCCACUGAGCUGGGGUGGAGAAGAUGCCAGCUCGCUUUGCACUUGACCUCAUCUCCUGAGAGACCAAGCCUACACCCUCUGAAAGGAACUCAAGCCAGUUUUAGGAGGGACUGCUCUACUGGGAGGCCCAGGCACCUCCAACACAGAGCCCUGGUGAUUUAGAGGGACCCAUCACAUGGCCCACCAAAGCCUCCGCCGGGCUCUGUGGGGGCAUUUGUGCCCCUGCCACUAAGGUGCUAGGAAUUCCUACCGGCCUGUCCCAUCCUCAGAAGAAACUGGAAGAGGAAGACUGCCAUGCAAACCUACUCUGCGCACUCCAGGCCUCCAGUCCCAGUAGGAACCCGGGGGGUGGGGGGGACCGGCGCAGCAGAUCUGCAUUCUGUGCUGCCCUCCCACCCCUGCCCCCACACUGCCCAAGGCUCCAGGUCCCACUCUCAUCUUCUGCGGACAGGAGUUAGGUCCCUGGAGCUGUCCCUGAAUGAACCGGGGCCCCCUGGGCUCGAUGGUGACAGCUGCAGGCCAGGAAUGAAGAAGGACCCUGGGUCGCGGAGACUGUCGGACGGGCAGCUGGAAUGCACAACAUGGGGAACCCACCCCGAGAUGGGGAGGCAAAUGGGCCCUCCACACCCCCACAGCCCCUGCCCAGCCAGCUGCUUUUGUGCCUAGUACCCAGCCGGAGCCCGAGCACCACACGCUCUGAGUCCCGCGUCCGCACUUGGUCUUCCAGCCUGCCUGGCUUAAUGUGCAGCCCGGCAGCAGGGGCAGCGGUGCGGAGCCUCCCCUCCCUGUGUCACCCAUCUCCCUGCGUGCGCGUGUACACACACACACACACACACACACACACAGAGCCUCCCAUCCCUCCCUUCUGCCCACCGUGCAAGAGAGAAGGGCCGGCACUGCUGAGGGGUCUCUCUGGAAUGCACUAGUUAAAGCUGGUGUAGGGACACCCGAGUCUGUGCAGGCUCAGUGGCAAAUGUCUGAUCCGCUGGCCCAUGGGACAAGUGGUACCACCAAUGAUGGCGCCUUGAGGACAACAGGCACGCCUGGUGCCCAGCGAGUAAUUUAUGCCUUAAUCUUGUUUUGAGGUAGAAAUGAAAGGGGGAUGCUCAAAGGCAUCUGCCCCCUGGUCACAUAGUACGACCUUUACUGUCGUAAAUAUUUUUUAAAAUUAAAAAAAAAAAAAAAUACAGUGACUGAAAACAACCAAGGUGCUAUCAUCCCAUUCUGUGGGCAGGGCAUAUCCUGGGGAACCAACCUCUUUUCUCUGAAGGAAAGGAGACAGAUGUGGGGCUCCUCCUGCUCUCCCAUUCUCUCGAAAUGUUGAGAAGGGACCUGUCCACCAUUUGCUCCCUACAUCCCUACACCCUCCCCACCAAAUGGGCGCCUGAUCUGCAAUGAACACCUCCAGCGAUGCAGCCCUUCCUCCCUCACAAGACCACCAGGCCCAUCUUCACCUGUUUGGAUAGUUCAAGCUUCUAGCCUUUAGUUCCAGCCCUUCCCCUCCCUGGUCUCCUAGACUUCUCCAGGCUAGCAUUUCAGUGCUGACCGGACACGCUGACUUAAGAGUUUCUCCACCUUUACACACAGACUGCUCUUAAACCAAGUGGUCUCCAUUCUAACCUUAUGCUACUAGAAUCCCAAGAAGCCAGAAGUGGAACCUUAGAAAUUAUUGGCUCUUGUUCCCCCAUAGAUAGGACACUCAGAACCAGAGCAGUUAAAAGAUAGCCCUAGGUUCCACAGCAAAAUCCAGACUCACCCCAGGAUGGCUCUCUUUCAAGCCAGCCAUUAUAGCCCAGCCUCAGGGGUCUUACGGAAGGAGAAGGCACUGAUGGAACUAUGGGAAUACUUUUACUCAGAUGGUGAACCCCAAGCCAGAAGGACGCAUUUGCAAUCAUGUUUCCCUGGAGUCUUACUCCCGUGAAUGGAGCACCUGAUGAAAGGAAACCCGAGGCACCCGCACACACACGUGUGUCAUGGGACUUAGUGCCGCGCCUUCUGUCAAGCACUGUCAACUCUGAGAAUGCCUUCAUGUGAAACCUUUUAGGGACUGGCAUUCACAUUUUAAAAACUGCUCUGUGCAGCCACACUGCAGGCCAGACGCAAUGUUAUCUGCAGGUCAGAUGCAGCCCAGAAGUGACCAUAUGGCAACCUCGGGGCCUUCAGAGGCAGCCUUACCCCCAGGGCUCCUCGGUCUGUCCAUGCCCCACCCCAGCCCUAUAGCAAGAACUGGAUGAUCAAAAGGCAGAAACUUGUAACUUCAGGGAAUUCAAGCCCUCCUCUAGCGUCUCUGCCUUCUUUCUCUUAUCAGUUCUCCUUUUUGGAAUUUAUCUGCUCUGGGGUAUAAAUGUUUGAGAUUGGCCUUAAAGAGUGCCUGGUAGGGCCACAGAGAAGAUGCAUUUCCUAGGGAGCAAAGCUCCCUCUAGAGCAGUGUUCUUCAGGCCCAGGAGCUCGGAAAGAUACCUACACAAGGGCCCACCCAGGGAUUCAGAUUUAAUUGGUCGGAAGGGGCCAUCUUUGCUUCAGAGUCCUCCCCCUCCCCUGUGACUAUUGCGCAGAGUCGAGGUCAAGAGGCAGGCAUAUAUAGGCUUGGAAACAAGUAAGGGGUUAACAUAUCCAGGUGACCUUCCAUUACGAGUAGUAAGAACUAUGCUGUCGUUCUAAUGUUCAAGUUAAGCCUGAUCCCAGCCUGGAGUUGGGAAGAACUUCUUGUUCCAGCAAGUCUCCGGGGUGGGAUCUGCUGCAGAUUUCACUUGGUUCUCCUGGGUCUCCAGAGGCCCAGGGGAACUCCUGGAGAAGCUGAACACAUUUGCUAUUGUCUGGAGGAGAGAUGAAGCAAUUUCGGCAUUUAGUGGCAAGCACCCCAAAUGCAACUUCAAAUCAACAUAAAAUUCUUAUCAUGGUUCACAGAUGGAUAUUAUUAGCAAUGCUCUAUUCUAUAGUUAAGAAUAAUUUUUUCUGAUGGAGCUUAGCGUUGAAAUCAGAGUGUUAACCUGAAGUGCAGCCAACUUAAAAAGGGUUCAGUCUUCUUAAAAGCAUUACCAGUAAUCCUAGGCCUUACUCUAAACAAGCCGAUUUGACUUUCAGGCAAUCCGUGAUACUUGCUUAAGCAAGUCUAUAGCAAACAAUCACAUGGCCGAAAAACACAUGGGGCAAGGUCUGGGUCUUAUAAACCAAAUACCAACAGACGAUGGUGUUAGAAUUUGGUGGAUUGUGUGGGUUUCCUAAAUUCUAGGCUCACCAUCUCAUAGAGGAAAAAGAUAGGAGUUAUGAAAUGAAUCAUUCGAGAUGUUCUGUGAGGUUUCCCUGCUGUUCUAACAUGGUGAAACCCCAGGUGGGAUGGGGGCUCUCAGAAAAGAUCCAGAAAUUGAGGGGCGGGCCUUGGAUGGACUCAAGAGAGUCCUCAAGCCAAGCCCUGUGCCAUCAGCACCCAGUGCUCUGCAGGGAAGUGGAUAUCAGUUCUGGAUCCCUCAGAUCCAGCCAGCUGAGCUCGGGAAAGAAAUCCAGGCGAGGGCAGGGCUUCUUUCUGGCAUUAGAUGGUGUGGGCAUGUAAGUGGGCAGGACAGUGUGACUCUUAGAACACAUGAUCUAUCCCAAGUUGAGCGUCUCAAAGUGGGAUCCCAGAGCUGCCCAGAUCAGAACCACAGUCUACAUUCCACUCCAGACCUCACAAAUCCAAUUUCUGUGAGGUAAUUCUAAACACAUUCAGUUUAUAGAACCAGCAAUCUGAAGCCAUGAUAUUCUCUUACGUCUAGACUUCCACGUCAGUUCCUUGAAACGUGUAGCCUUUCUUAGCUGCCCUUGGAUCUCGGUGGCAGUGGUCAUCAGCAAAAACCCUCCAGGGGUGUCCUUCCAGCACAAAGAAUGGAGAUUCCGGGUUUUCCUUUUUGUUAAGGAAGCAGGUAUUUUUUAACAAGACAGCUAUCAGGUAGGAGGGGCAAUGUGCUAACCCAAACACAACAGAGAGGGAGAAUCAAUAUGAAGAGCUUCGGACAGAAGGUAUGGAAGUGACUUUUCCUAGAGGUCUUUAAAAGACAAGCUGCUAUCUCCGUCAGCACUCAGGAGGUUUUAGCGUCAAUCCCUGUGGCUCCAAGUCCCAAGAUGCUCUGCACCCUGUAAGAGAAAUGGCCAGCUUGCUCAUGCUCCUUUUCCAGCAUGACUCACUCCGACCACAUCUCACCCCAAACGAUAAAGUGGCCAGGUCUCUCCACCACAAGAUAUGUCUUGGGUGGCUUAACUUAAUAUAGCCAUUAGUGGUGAGUGGUCUCCUGUUUUCAGUCACUGCCACAUUGGCCCGUUUUUACCUCCAGUUAAUAUCACGUCAGUCCUUUAUUCUGCACGACUUCUGUUUUUUUUUAAUCCCCACAAAUUAUCCUAAUGUUAGUAUUAACAUCAGCUAGGCUCCGUGCAAAGGGCAGUUCAGCUUAACUGACCACAUUGAAACUAUGCCAGUGCUGCUGUGUCACUAUCUAUUCCAUUAGCUUUGACAUCACACUAAAGUAGGACACCAUGUUCCAAACAGAAACUGAAACAGGGACGGAGGAGCUUUGCUGGUUAAGUGUGGAAAGAGGGUUAGAAGCCGGGCACUAGGGUUCUGAAACUUUUCAGUAAGAUACAGACUAAAAUGAACCUAGCAAACUCACAAGAUUCAAAGUAGGGUAUGAGCAGAACAUGUUCUUUAAAAAGGGGACACCACUCCCAAGGUUCAAAGUAGGGUAUGAGCAGAACAUUUUUUUUUUUUU